AUGAUAUUGUGCUACCCUACUGAGUUAUGUGAAGAGCACUCUCAAAAGCUUAAGGAAGAGAAAGAUGCUAAGCGGGCUCAUCUUGAUAGCAGACAUGACUACCUCUUUGACAUUUUAGCCUGCUGUGUGAACUUGGAGAAGGCAGAGAUAGAAGAUGCCAUUCUGGAGGGAAAUCAGGUUGAACGAAUUGAUCAGUUUUUUACUGUUGACGGUUUCCAUCACCUCAUGUUUUACUAUCAAGAUGUGGAGGCAGCAGAAACAGGACAAAUUGGCACUUCAGGAGGAGGGUUAAAUGUUUUUCCUGGAAAAGUUAAGAAACCUAAAGUAUUUGUGACUGAAGGUAAAGAUGUUGCUCUCACUGGCUUAUGUGUAUUCUUCGUCAGAACAUCUCCUUCCAAAGCCAUCACUCCUGAGAACAUCCAUCUGGAAGUUUGUUUCAAUAUGUUAGACGCUACCAAUGGGGGUCUUCUAAAAAGUGUGGAGCAUUUGUUGUCAAAAAUCUUCAUUCCAGCAAUCAAGGCAAUGAACACUGGCUGGGGUGAGCUAGAUGGUCUCCAAAAAGCAUCUGAUAUUAAGAAGGACUUCCUGAAUUCUCUAGAGGGCUUUGUGGGUGUCCUCGCUAGUGCUCAGGAGAGCUUAAAAGAGAAGGUAAACCUUCAAAAAUGUGAAAUAUUUGAUUUAAAAACUUUGAAAGAUCCCGUGGAUUAUAUAUCUACAGCUAACAACAGUGAGACCUUGGAAAAAAUAGAAGGCUGCAUGAAAGUGUGGAUCAAACAAACAGAACAGGUUCUUGCUGAAAACAAUCAACUCCGUACAGAGGCUGAUGACCUUGGGCCAAGAGCAGAACUGGAUUACUGGAAGAAGAGACUUUGCAAAUUUAACUACCUUUUGGAUCAACUGAAAGGCCCAGAUGUGAAGGCAGUAUUGGGAGUGCUUGCUGCGGCAAAAUCAAAACUUUUGAAGACUUGGCGGGAGCUGGAUUCUCAUAUUACUGAUGCAGCUAAUGAAGCCAAGGACAAUGUCAAAUUUUUGUACACACUUGAAAAAUGCUGUGACCCUUUAUACAAUGGUGACCCUGUAUCUAUAAUUGAUACAAUUCCUACACUGAUCAAUGCAAUUAAAAUGAUUUAUAACAUAUCUUGUUAUUAUAAUACCUCAGAAAAAAUAACAUCUUUGUUUGUAAAGGUGACAAAUCAGAUGAUAACUGCAUGUAAAGUUUAUAUUACUAACAAUGGAACUGCCACCAUCUGGGAUCAGCCUCAGGAUGUAGUUAUGGAAAAAAUAUUAUCUGCUAUUAAACUCAAACAGGAAUAUCAGAAUUGUUUUCAAAAGAAAAAACAAAACCUUGAGCAGAAUCCAAAUGAAAAGCAAUUUGAAUUCAGUGAGAUGUAUAUUUUUGGAAAAUUUGAGACUUUUCACCGACGUCUUGCCAAAAUCAUGGGCAUUUUCUCUACUAUUACAAGAUACUCAGUUCUUGAAGAUUCUAAAAUUGAAGGGAUAGAAAUUUUAGCAACCAAAUUCCAGAGUAUUGUUGCCACCAUAAAGAAAAAAGAAUAUAAUUUCUUAGACCAUCGGAAAACUGAUUUUGAUCAGGAUUAUGAAGAAUUCUGCAAGGAGACCAAUGACCUUCAUAAUCAGUUACAGGUAUUCAUGGAUAUCACAUUUGAAAAUAUUCAAAACACAGAGCGAGGACUAAUGAUGUUGAAGAAAUUUGAAAGGUUGAAUAUACCUAAUCUUGGUAUCGAUAAAAAGUAUCAGACAGUUCUUGAAAACUACGGAGCUGACAUUGAGAUGAUUUCCAAACUGUACACUAAACAGAAAAAUGACCCUCCUUUGGCUCGAGACCAGCCCCCUAUUGCUGGGAAGAUCCUGUGGGCCCGGCACCUUUUUCAAAGAAUUCAGCAACCAAUGCAAAAAUUCCAGCAGCAUCCAAAUGUGCUUACAACAGCAAAAGCCAAGCACAUAGUCCGUAAAUACAACAAGAUUGCGAAAAUCCUCUUGGAAUUUGAGAUUAUAUAUCACAGCGCAUGGCUUCAACAAACUGAAUUAACUAAGAUUGGACUUGGGGCUUCCUUAUUGGUAAGAGCUCCAGAAACAGGAGAAUUAUUUGUGAAUUUUGAUUUUGAGAUAUUAACAUUAUUUCGAGAAACAGAAUGCAUGUCACAGAUGGGUCUUGAAAUCCCACCAUUUGCAAGUGCUUUUUAUCAGAAACGGGAAAUUUACAAGAAGCAUUUCAAUCAAAUGAAGAUGAUGCUGGAAGAAUUUAAGAGAGUGAAGUCAAAAAUACGACCUGCCAUUGAACAACUGAUGGUUCCUCAUUUGGCUAAAGUUUAUGAAGCUAUACAACCUGGCUUAAUAUCAUUGAAUUGGACAUCAAUGAAUAUUGAAGGAUAUUUACAAAACAUUUUUAGAGUGCUCAGUGAGGUAGAAUUGCUUCUUGAUCGGGUCAAUGAUCUGGUAGAAUAUCGUAUUGAUGCUGUUCUAGAAGAAAUGAGUCUUGUGCCUCUUUGCAAACUCCCUGAGGUUGGGCCACUUACCUGUGAAGAGUUUCUCCAAAUGACAAAGGAUCUUUGUGCUAAUGGUGCUCAGAUACUACAUUUAAAGAGUUCAUUAGUAGAAGAAGCAGCCAAUGAACUAAUAAAUAUGUUGCUGGAUUGGGAAGUGCAGUCUACAGGAGAAAAAACUUUAAUUGGGAAACAAGUUGAUUCAAGAAGUGAAAAUACAGCUGGUGAAGAGCAAGGAAAUUCAGAAAGUCUAACAUCUUCUCUUACUACCAGUCAGACUGGAAUUAGGCUCCCUCCUGCAGUACUCAGGAGAAAGAAGAAAGAGAAUGCUAUCUUAGAGGAAGAAGCUUGUGAAUUGCUUUCCUAUUUCAAUCACCAAAACAUUGAUGCUCUUUUGAAGGUUACUCGGAAUGCUUUAGAGGCUAUUCGUAAACGUAUUUAUUCUUCAAACAUGAUUAAUUUCAGAGAGAGUGAAAACCCAUCUAAGCCAAAGCAGAACAGCCUUCCCAUUUUUAGGGCAAACAUUAUCUUGUCAAUCCCAAAUAUUUCCAUGGCUCCAGUUCUCGAUGAUGUGCAGCAGACGCUUAACAGAGCAGUGGAAUGUAUCAUUACUGUCAUGAAAGGAGUUGGACAAUGGAGUAAAGAACGAUUGCCCACAAAAAAGCUGCUUGAAAGAAAAAUCGUCAACCUGAGAAACAACAAAGAAAGUGAUUCAGAAGAUGACAUAGGUGAGACUGGAACUCAAGAUAACAUUGAAAUGGCAUCUGUCAACUUACCAAUUCCUGUGCAAAGUAAGAACUACUAUAAGAGUGUUUCAGACAACAAAGAGAUUGCUAAAUUGGUCUCUGUGCUUAGCACAAUCAUCAACUCUACCAAAAAGGAAGUUAUUUCAUCCCUAGAUUGUUUCAAACGUUACCAUCACAUAUGGCAAAAGGAGAGAGAAGACACUAUUAUGGAAUUUUUAAGCACAAAGCCCUCCCUUUCUGAAUUUGAAUCUCAGAUCCUCUAUUUCCGAGACUUAGAACAGAAAAUUAAUGCUGAGCCUGAAUAUAUCUGUGUAGGAACUGUUGCAUUAUAUACAGUUGACCUGAAGAUGGCAUUGACUGCAGAAACCAAAGCCUGGAUGGUUGACAUAGGUCGUCAUUGUAACAAGAAAUACAAAAGUGAGAUGGAGAAUAUUUUUACUUUGGUUGAAGAGCUGAAUAAAAAAUUAAAUCGUCAGAUUAAAGACUUGGAUGAUAUCAGGAUAGCAAUGGCUGCUCUUAAAGAAAUCCGGGAACAACAAAUUUCCAUAGACUUUCAAGUUGGCCCUAUUGAGGAAUCUUAUGCUCUUCUUAAUAAAUAUGGACUUUUGGUAGCAAAGGAAGAAAUGGAAAAAGUUGAUACUUUGCGUUAUACUUGGGAGAAGAUUUUGGGCCGAACAAGUGAAGUUCAGCAUGAAUUAUUCACAUUGCAGCCAAAUUUCAGGAGAGAACUUAUUAGUACCGUAGAAGCUUUUGUUGAAGAUUGUAAUCAGUUCUAUUCAGACUAUGAAAUGAAUGGUCCCAUGGCAGCUGAUCUAGAGCCCCAGGAAGCCAGUGAUAGACUUAUUAUAUUCCAGACUCGAUUUGAUAAUAUAUUUCGCAAAUAUGUCACUUAUACUGGUGGAGAAGAGCUUUUUGGGCUUCCUGUGACUCAGUAUCCUCAGCUACUUGAGAUAAAGAAGCAGCUUAACCUCCUCCAAAAAAUCUACACUUUGUACAACAGUGUCAUUAACACUGUCAAUGGAUAUUAUGAUAUGCUUUGGUCAGAAGUGAAUACUGAAAAAAUAAAUAAUGACCUUUUGGAAUUCCAAAACAGGUGUCGUAAACUUCCACGUGCUUUGAAGGAUUGGCAAGCCUUUUUGGACUUAAAGAAGACUAUUGACGAUUUCAAUGAGUGUUGUCCACUUUUGGAACACAUGUCAAACAGAGCCAUGCUAGAUCGACACUGGAAAAGAAUUUCAGCACUCACUGGCCAUAGUUUUGAUGUGGAGAAUGAGACCUUUAAAUUGCGGAACAUCAUGGAUGCACCUCUUCUGAAAUAUAAAGAAGAAAUAGAGGACAUUUGUAUCAGUGCAGUGAAGGAGAGGGACAUUGAACAAAAACUGAAACAAGUAAUUACUGAGUGGGACAACAAAGCUUUUACAUUUGCCAAUUUUAAAACCCGUGGUGAAUUACUCUUAAGAGGAGACAGCACAGCAGAAAUUAUAGCCAGCAUGGAAGACAGCUUGAUGUUGCUGAGUUCCUUAAUGAGUAACAGAUAUAAUACUCCGUUCAAGUCACAGAUUCAAAAGUGGGUACAAUACCUUUCCAAUACAACUGACAUCAUUGAAAAUUGGAUGACAGUGCAGAACUUGUGGAUUUAUUUAGAAGCUGUCUUUGUGGGAGGAGACAUCGCCAAACAGCUGCCUAAGGAAGCCAAGUGUUUUUCCAAUAUUGAUAAAUCCUGGGUGAAGAUCAUGACACGGGCGCGUGAUAUGCCAAAUGUGGUACAGUGUUGUGUUGGAGAUGAAACCAUGGGGCAGCUAUUGCCACAUUUAUUGGAUCAACUGGAAAUAUGUCAGAAAUCACUUACUGGAUAUUUGGAGAAAAAACGACUUUCUUUUCCUCGGUUCUUUUUUGUCUCUGACCCUGCCCUUUUGGAAAUUCUUGGCCAAGCCUCAGACUCUCACACCAUACAGGCUCACUUGCUGAAUGUAUUUGACAACAUAAAAUCUGUCAAAUUUCAUGAAAAGGUCUAUGAUCGUAUUGUGUCAAUUUCUUCGCGUGAGGGUGAGAUGAUUGAAUUGGAUAAACCUGUGAUGGCAGAAGGCAAUGUAGAAGUUUGGCUUAAUUCUCUCUUGGAAGAAUCUCAGUCCUCAUUACAUCUUGUGAUUCGCCAGGCAUCUGCAAAUAUUCAGGAACCAGGCUUCCAACUGAUUGAAUUUCUUUCUUCUUUCCCUGCACAGGUUGGAUUGCUAGGAAUACAGUUGAUAUGGACAAGAGAUUCAGAGGAGGCUCUCACAAAUGCCAAAUAUGAUAAAAAAAUCAUGCAGAAAACGAAUCAAUCUUUUCUAGAACUACUGAAUACACUGAUAGGCAUGACCACAAAGGAUUUAAGUUCAAUGGAACGUGUGAAAUAUGAGACUUUGAUUACCAUUCAUGUUCACCAAAGGGAUAUCUUUGAUGAGCUGUGUAAUAUGCACAUCAAGAACCCUACCGAUUUCGAGUGGCUGAAACAGUGCAGAUUUUAUUUUAAUGAAGACUCUGACAAGAUGAUGAUUCACAUUACAGAUGUCGCUUUUAUAUACCAAAAUGAAUUUUUAGGCUGCACUGACAGACUUGUCAUAACUCCUCUCACAGAUAGAUGUUAUAUCACGUUGGCUCAGGCUUUGGGAAUGAGCAUGGGAGGAGCACCUGCUGGUCCUGCAGGGACUGGCAAAACAGAAACUACAAAAGAUAUGGGCAGGUGCCUUGGUAAAUAUGUGGUGGUUUUCAACUGUUCAGACCAGAUGGAUUUCCGAGGCCUGGGAAGAAUUUUUAAAGGGCUGGCACAGUCAGGGUCCUGGGGCUGCUUUGAUGAAUUUAACCGUAUUGAUCUACCAGUAUUAUCUGUUGCUGCACAGCAAAUCUCCAUUAUUCUGACAUGUAAAAAAGAACGUAAAAAGAGUUUUAUUUUUACUGAUGGAGACACGGUACAGAUGAAUCCAGAAUUUGGACUCUUUCUAACUAUGAACCCUGGAUAUGCUGGUCGACAAGAGUUACCAGAAAAUUUAAAGAUUAACUUCCGUUCAGUGGCUAUGAUGGUUCCUGAUCGCCAAAUUAUAAUCCGGGUGAAGCUGGCUAGUUGUGGUUUCAUUGAUAACAUUGUUUUAGCAAGGAAGUUUUUCACAUUAUAUAAACUGUGUGAGGAGCAGCUCUCUAAGCAGGUGCAUUAUGAUUUUGGACUACGUAAUAUUUUAUCAGUACUCAGGACUUUAGGAGCAGCAAAAAGAGCUAACCCCACUGACACAGAAUCAACCAUUGUCAUGCGUGUGCUAAGAGAUAUGAAUCUUUCUAAACUGAUUGAUGAGGAUGAACCUUUAUUUCUAAGUCUGAUCGAAGAUCUUUUCCCAAACAUACAACUUGAUAAGGCAGGUUAUCCUGAACUGGAAGCUGCAAUUGACAGAAAGGUUGACGAAGCUGGUUUAAUUAAUCAUCCUCCUUGGAAGCUGAAAGUUAUCCAACUGUUUGAAACACAACGGGUGAGGCAUGGAAUGAUGACCUUGGGACCUAGUGGUUCAGGGAAAACAACCUGCAUCUACACUUUAAUGAAAUCAAUGACAGAUUGUGGAAAGCCACACCGUGAAAUGAGGAUGAAUCCUAAAGCUAUCACAGCACCCCAGAUGUUUGGUCGCCUUGAUGUAGCCACAAAUGACUGGACAGAUGGGAUUUUCUCUACUCUUUGGAGAAAAACUUUGAGAGCAAAGAAAGGAGAACACAUUUGGAUAGUUCUUGAUGGCCCAGUUGAUGCAAUCUGGAUUGAGAACUUGAAUUCAGUUUUGGAUGAUAACAAAACUUUAACACUUGCAAAUGGAGAUCGUAUCCCUAUGGCUCCAAAUUGUAAAAUAGUUUUUGAGCCUCAUAAUAUUGACAAUGCUUCUCCUGCUACAGUGUCAAGGAAUGGUAUGGUUUUCAUGAGUUCUUCCAUCCUUAAUUGGAGUCCUAUUCUUGAGGGUUUUUUGAAGAAGCGCUCUCCCCAAGAAGCUUCAAUCCUUCGGCAGUUGUACACUGAGUCUUUCUCUGACCUGUAUCGCUUCAGUAUCCAGAACUUGGAAUACAAGAUGGAGAUGCUUGAGGCAUUUGUGAUCAUGCAGAGUAUCAAUAUGCUUCAAGGCCUUAUUCCGUCUAAGGAACAGGGAGGGGAUAUCACAUCAGAACACCUGGAGAGAUUAUAUGUUUUCUCUCUGAUGUGGAGUGUUGGAGCAUUACUGGAAUUGCAGGACCGCUAUAAAAUGGAGAAUUGGCUGAGGUCUCAUGAAACACUGAAACUGAAUUUACCACAUUUAAAUGGAAAUGAAGACACCAUGUUUGAUUAUUAUGUAACGGCUGAUGGCAAAUGGAUGCACUGGAACACAUGUGUUGAAGAAUAUGUUUAUCCUUCUGACUUUACUCCAGAAUAUGGCUCCAUCUUGGUGCCAAAUGUAGACAAUGUGAGAACUGAUUUCCUAAUUAAAACUAUUGCUAAACAAGGCAAGGCUGUAUUGUUAAUUGGAGAGCAAGGAACAGCUAAAACUGUUAUUAUCAAAGGAUUUAUGUCGAAAUAUAAUGCUGAAAGUCAUAUGAUCAAAAGUUUGAACUUUUCUUCAGCAACUACUCCCUUGAUGUUCCAGCGGACAAUAGAGAGCUAUGUUGAUAAGCGCAUGGGCUCAACAUAUGGCCCUCCAGCAGGAAAGAAGAUGACUGUAUUUAUUGAUGAUGUAAAUAUGCCUAUAAUCAAUGAAUGGGGAGAUCAGGUUACCAAUGAGAUAGUUCGGCAGUUGAUGGAACAAAAUGGAUUCUACAACCUUGAGAAACCAGGGGAAUUUACAAACAUUGUAGAUAUACAGUUUUUGGCAGCCAUGAUCCAUCCUGGAGGAGGACGCAAUGACAUACCCCAGAGACUCAAGAGGCAGUUUUCUAUAUUUAAUUGCACUCUCCCAUCAAAUGCUUCUAUUGACAAGAUCUUUGGAGUCAUUGGAGCAGGACACUACUGUACCCAAAGGAAUUUUUCAGAAGAAGUGAGAGAUUCUGUGGACAAGCUGGUGCCACUGACUCGUAGGUUAUGGCAGAUGACCAAGAUGAAAAUGCUGCCCACACCUGCCAAAUUCCAUUAUGUGUUCAACCUUCGAGAUCUUUCCAGGAUCUGGCAGGGAAUGUUGAAUACUACCUCUGACGUUAUCAUAGAAAUGCAUGUAUUGAUUAAGUUGUGGAAGCAUGAAUGCAAACGUGUUAUUGCUGAUAGGUUCACAGUAUCAGAAGAUGUGAAUUGGUUUGAUUCAACUUUAGCAGAUUUAGUGGAGGAGGAGUUUGGUGAAGAAAAAAAGCUCUUGGUUGAUUAUGGAAUUGAUUCUUACUUUGUUGAUUUCUUAAGGGAUGCACCUGAAGCUACAGGUGAAGACUCAGAAGAAACUAAUGUUGACAUGCCCAAAAUUUAUGAGCCAAUUGAAUCUUUUAAUCACCUGAGAGAUCGUUUAAAUAUGUUUCUGCAAAUAUACAAUGAAAGUAUUCGUGGAGUUGGCAUGGACAUGGUGUUUUUUGCAGAUGCCAUGAUUCAUUUAGUUAAGAUUUCCCGUGUUCUUCGUACACCUCGUGGAAAUGCUCUUCUUGUGGGUGUGGGUGGAUCAGGAAAACAGAGUCUGACUCGACUGGCAUCAUUUAUUGCUGGCUAUGAUUACUUCCAGAUCACUCUAACAAGAUCUUAUAGUACAUCAAAUCUGAUGGAUGACCUGAAGCUUUUAUAUAGGACAGCAGGUCAGCAAGGCAAAGGAAUCAGCUUUAUUUUCACUGACAAUGAGAUUAAAGAUGAGUCGUUUUUGGAAUAUAUGAAUAAUGUUUUAUCAUCUGGUGAGGUUUCUAACCUAUUUGCUCGUGAUGAAAUUGAUGAAAUUAAUAGUGAUCUUAUAUCAGUCAUGAAAAAAGAGUACCCCAGACGGCCUCCAACAAAUGAGAAUUUAUAUGACUACUUCAUGAGCAGGGUCCGACAGAAUCUCCAUAUUGUACUUUGCUUUUCUCCAGUUGGUGAAAAAUUCCGAAAUCGAGCCCUGAAGUUCCCUGCACUUAUCUCAGGAUGUACUACAGAUUGGUUUAGUCGAUGGCCUAAAGAUGCUCUGGUUGCUGUGUCUGAACAUUUUCUCUCUUCUUAUGAUGUUGACUGCACUUGUGAAAUAAAAAAAGAAAUUGUUCAAUGCAUGGGCUCUUUUCAAGAUGGAGUGGCUGAAAAAUGUGUUGAAUAUUUCCAAAGAUAUCGACGUUCUACUCAUGUGACUCCCAAAUCAUACCUCUCUUUUAUUCAAGGCUAUAAGCAUAUUUAUAAAGAAAAGCAUGCUGAAGUACAGACGUUGGCCAAUAGGAUGAAUACUGGAUUGGAAAAACUCAAAGAAGCUUCUGAAUCAGUUGCAGCCCUUAGUAAGGAACUGGAAGUGAAAGAAAAAGAGCUACAAGUUGCUAAUGAUAAAGCUGAUACAGUUCUGAAAGAAGUGACUGUGAAAGCUCAAGCUGCAGAGAAGGUGAAGGCUGAGGUCCAAAAGGUGAAGGAUAAAGCCCAGGCAAUUGUUGAUAGCAUUUCAGCAGACAAAGCAAUUGCUGAAGAGAAGUUAGAAGCUGCAAAACCUGCCUUAGAAGAAGCAGAAGCAGCUUUACAGACUAUCAAGCCUUCUGAUAUUGCCACUGUCCGCACCUUAGGCCGACCUCCUCACCUCAUCAUGCGCAUCAUGGACUGUGUGUUGCUGCUAUUUCAAAGAAAAGUCAAUGUGGUAAAAAUUGACCUGGAAAAAAGUUGUGUGAUCCCUUCUUGGCAGGAAUCCUUAAAAUUAAUGACUGCAGGAAACUUUUUACAGAAUUUACAGCAAUUUCCUAAAGACACAAUCAAUGAAGAAGUGGUAGAGUUUUUGGUUCCUUACUUUGAAAUGUCAGACUACAACAUUGAAACUGCAAAAAGGGUGUGUGGAAAUGUGGCUGGUCUUUGUUCAUGGACCAAAGCCAUGGUUUCUUUUUUUUCCACAAAUAAGGAAGUGUUGCCCUUGAAGGCUAAUUUGGUGGUGCAGGAGAAUCGUUAUGUCACUGCUAUGCAAGAUCUUCAGAAAGCUCAGGCUGAGCUGGAUGACAAACAAGCUGAACUGGAUGUUGUACAGGAAGAGUAUGAAAAGGCCAUGACAGAAAAACAGACACUGCUUGAAGAUGCAGAACGUUGCAGACAUAAGAUGCAAACAGCUUCCACAUUGAUAAGUGGACUAGCAGGGGAAAAAGAAAGGUGGACACAGCAGAGUAAAGAGUUUGCUGCACAAACCAAAAGGCUUGUUGGGGAUGUAUUGCUGGCUACAGCUUUUCUAUCUUAUUCUGGUCCAUUUAAUCAAGAAUUCCGCAAUCUGUUGCUAAAUGAUUGGCAAAGGGAAAUGAAAAACCGGAACAUUCCAUUUGGCAACAAUCUAAACCUCAAUGAGAUGCUGAUUGAUGCUCCAACCAUUAGUGAGUGGAAUCUCCAAGGGCUGCCAAAUGAUGACCUAUCCAUACAGAAUGGAAUUAUUGUUACAAAAGCAUCUCGUUAUCCUUUGUUAAUUGAUCCACAGACUCAAGGCAAGAUUUGGAUUAAAAAUAAAGAAAGCAAAAAUGAACUUCAGAUCACAUCUCUGAAUCACAAGUACUUUCGAAAUCAUCUGGAAGAUAGCCUUUCUCUUGGAAGGCCACUACUGAUUGAGGAUAUUGGGGAAGAAUUGGACCCAGCAUUAGACAAUGUUUUAGAAAGAAAUUUUAUUAAAACUGGCUCAACAUUUAAGGUAAAAGUUGGUGACAAAGAAGUGGAUGUUAUGGAUGGCUUCAGACUAUACAUUACCACAAAACUGCCUAAUCCUGCCUAUACACCUGAAAUCAGUGCUCGAACUUCUAUCAUUGACUUUACAGUCACCAUGAAAGGCUUGGAAGAUCAAUUACUUGGAAGAGUCAUUCUCACAGAGAAACAAGAACUGGAAAAGGAAAGAACUAAUCUUAUGGAAGAUGUAACAGCAAACAAAAGAAAGAUGAAAGAGCUGGAAGAUAAUUUGCUUUACCGUCUGACAAGUACAAAAGGGUCAUUGGUGGAAGACGAGAGUCUCAUUAUUGUGCUGAGUAACACUAAAAAGACUGCAGAAGAAGUAACACAGAAGCUUGAGAUUUCUGCUGAGACAGAAAUACAGAUUAACACAGCCCGGGAGGAAUAUAGGCCUGUGGCAACAAGGGGAAGUAUCCUCUAUUUCCUCAUCACAGAAAUGAGUGUGGUUAAUGUGAUGUAUCAAACUUCACUACGGCAGUUUCUGGGGUUGUUUGAUCUUUCCUUGGCCAGGUCUGUCAAGAGUCCAAUUACAAGCAAGAGAAUUGCUAAUAUUAUUGAACACAUGACCUAUGAGGUUUAUAAAUAUGCUGCCCGAGGAUUGUAUGAAGAACAUAAGUUCUUGUUCACCUUGCUGCUUACUCUGAAGAUUGAUAUACAGAGAAACAGAAUAAAACAUGAAGAGUUUCUCACCUUUAUUAAAGGUGGUGCUUCAUUGGAUCUUAAAGCUUGUCCUCCUAAACCAUCCAAAUGGAUCCUGGAUAUGACAUGGUUGAAUUUGGUGGAACUUAGUAAACUUAGACAAUUUUCAGAUGUCCUUGAUCAAAUUUCAAGAAAUGAAAAACUGUGGAAAACUUGGUUUGAUAAGGAAAAUCCUGAGGAGGAACCUGCUCCAAAUGCCUAUGAUCAAUCUCUUGAUUGCUUUCGACGUCUAUUGCUUAUUAGGUCCUGGUGUCCUGAUAGAACCAUUGCACAGGCCCGUAAAUAUGUCAUGGAUACUAUGGGAGAAAAAUAUGCUGAAGGAGUUAUCCUAGAUUUAGAGAAGACAUGGGAAGAAUCUGAUCCACGAACCCCACUAAUCUGUUUUCUGUCUAUGGGCUCUGAUCCUACUGAUUCUAUCAUUGCACUGGGAAAAAAAUUGAAACUAGAAACACGCUAUGUUUCUAUGGGUCAAGGUCAAGAAGUUCAUGCUCGUAAGCUUUUACAACAGACCAUGGCAAAUGGAGGAUGGGCACUUCUGCAGAACUGCCAUUUAGGCCUGGAUUUCUUGGAUGAGCUGAUGGACAUAAUAAUAGAAACAGAGAUUGUACAUGAUGCCUUCCGCCUCUGGGUGACCACUGAGGUCCACAAGCAGUUCCCCAUUACCCUUCUUCAAAUGUCCAUUAAAUUUGCCAAUGAGCCUCCACAGGGACUCAGGGCGGGUCUGAAAAGAACUUAUGGAGGUAUUAGCCAAGAUCUCCUGGAUGUUAGUAAUAUGACUCAGUGGAAACCGAUGUUAUAUGCGGUGGCUUUCCUGCAUUCCACAGUCCAAGAAAGACGCAAGUUUGGCCCACUGGGAUGGAACAUCCCCUAUGAAUUCAAUCAGGCUGACUUUAAUGCCACUAUGCAAUUCAUCCAAAACCAUUUAGAUGACAUGGAUAUCAAAAAGGGUGUUUCCUGGAGCACUGUGCGGUACAUGAUAGGUGAAAUUCAAUAUGGAGGCAGAGUCACAGAUGAUUAUGAUAAGAGAUUGCUGAACACUUUUGCUAAGGUUUGGUUUAGUGAAACUAUGUUUACUCCAGAUUUCUGCUUUUACAAAGGAUACAAUAUACCUAAAUGUAACACAGUGGAGAACUAUCUUCAGCAUGUCCAGAGCUUGCCAGCUUAUGAUACUCCUGAGGUGUUUGGAUUGCACCCUAAUGCUGAUAUUACUUACCAAAGCAAACUAGCCAAGGAUGUACUAGAUACUAUUCUCAGCAUUCAACCUAAAGACAGUUCCAGUGGAGGAGAUGAGACUAGAGAAGUUAUAGUGGCAAGACUGGCUGAUGAUAUGUUGGAGAAGCUUCCUCCUGAUUAUGUCCCAUUUGAAGUAAAAGAUAGGUUGCAAAAGAUGGGACCAUUACAACCUAUGAACAUCUUUCUUAGACAGGAGAUAGACCGAAUGCAACGAAUAAUAAGCUUGGUUCGAAGCACAUUAACUGAGUUAAAACUUGCAAUAGAUGGCACCAUCAUCAUGAGUGAAAAUCUGAGAGAUGCUUUGGAUUGCAUGUAUGAUGCUAGGAUCCCUGCUCGUUGGAGAAAAGCAUCUUGGAUUUCAAGUACACUGGGUUUCUGGUUUACAGAACUCUUAGAAAGAAAUUGCCAAUUUAAUGUUUGGCUUUUUGAUGGCCGACCAAACUGCUUUUGGAUGACAGGUUUUUUUAACCCUCAAGGGUUUCUAACAGCAAUGAAACAGGAAAUAACUCGAGCCAACAAAGGAUGGGCAUUGGACAGUAUGGUACUUUGCAAUGAAGUCACCAAAUGGAUGAAAGAUGAUAUUUCUGCUCCUCCAACUGAGGGUGUCUAUGUUUAUGGGCUCUACCUAGAAGGUGCUGGAUGGGAUAAACGGAAUGUGAAACUCAUUGAAUCAAAACCUAAAGUGCUCUUUGAAUUGAUGCCCAUCAUAAGGAUACACGCAGAAAACAAUAGUUCAAGAGAUCCUCGCAUGUAUUCAUGUCCAAUUUACAAGAAGCCAAUCCGAACAGAUUUGAACUACAUUGCAGCAGUAGACCUUAGAACCGUCCAGCCUCCAGAGCACUGGAUACUUCGUGGUGUGGCCCUUCUUUGUGAUGUCAAAUAAUUUUCAAUCAUGGAGUUAACACUCUUCCCACUAAAGUACCUGGAGUAAACAGCAAUAUUCUAUGACAAAUUAUCAGAACAAUGAUUUGUCUAUACAUUUUGUAACAUAUAAAUCAAAUGGUCUAAAUUAAUGAAGUCUUCUCUCUCCUCAGCUACCUCAGUACAUUUGACCCAGUUCACGAGUAGUGACAAAUUAUUGUUUCAUUCAAAGGUUAUUCAGUGAUGCAAGAAGUAAAUGACUAAUGAUAAAUACAACCCACUUUCUAAUAACUUGCUGUCCCCAAAUCCAUUAUAAAAGAAGCAUUAAUUGGCUUCAUACUGUUUAACUGAAGAUUAAAUAGAUGAAGUAGCAUUGAUUCUCUUUAUGUAUUUAGAACUUUUCCCCUAUUAAUAUUGUGUUAAUGUGAACCAUAGGGUCUGAGGUUUCAUGGGAAAUGUAUGCUUACUUUUGCUUUUGCUUUCUUCACUUUUAGGUCAAGAGAUUUAAUUCAAGGAUUUGAAAUAUUAAAUUGAAAAAAAUUUUAUUUUAAAAUAUGGGUUAGGGAAAGUGGGACAUAAAAGACAGUUUCAGUGUGGUAUAAUGGAAUAAAAUUUAGGGUCAAGGGAAGUAAGUUUAACAGUUCUACCACUUGUUAGCUGUGUAGGCAAGUUAUUUAAUUUCUCUGAAAUUCAGUUUUCCCAUAUGGAAUAUAAUAAUAAUAUUUACAUCAUCUACUUUACAAGAUUAUUGUGAGAAAAGCACUUUGUAAGAAAUCACAUUACAAGUGCUUUUUCUCCCCACUCCCCUAGGCAAUUGGGGUUAAGUGAGUUGCCCAGGGUCACACAGCCAGGAAAUAUUAAGUGUCUUAGGCCAAAUUUUAACUCAGGUCCCCCUGACUUCAGGGCUGGUGCUCUAUCCACUGCUCUACCUAGUUGCCCCAAAUGUAGUUUUUUUUUUUUUUAAAUCAAGUAAAAUUAUAAAUAUAUGAUCGUUUGUAAUCAAAGCAAUUUUGAGUCAAAUACUUUACCAAUUUAAACUGCAAUGAAAAUAUCACCAUAUUCCUUUUUAAUUCUAAAAUAUUUAUUUCUUUACUACUUUUAAAAUAAUUCCUUUUCUUUCUGAUUUUGUCAUUCUUUUCCUUCAGGCUCCAUUAACUAGAAACAUUUUGCCUAAAAUAUAUUGGUACCUGAUAUUUACAUAGUUCUUUUAAUUUUAUUAUAUAUUUUAUACAAAUCAACUCAUUUGAUCUUCAUAACAACUCUGUGAGGUAAUGCUUGUAUGCAUUUUUCUUUAAAAAAUAAAUGAGGAGACUGAAACUAAGGAAUUAAAGGGACUUGCUCAUGAUGCAAUAUCUGAGAAAGGCUAUGAACCCUGAUCUCCUUUGACCUCAACUUCUCUUCUCUUUACACUAUAUGGUAUAAUCUUUUUAGUCAAAGCUACUUUAGAGCUUUAGUUCAUAAUUGUUGGCUAAGAUUUAGUUUAUGCAUUUUUCUAUAGUUUAAAAAUGUCAUAUUUUGAGUACUGAGCAAGGAGUUACCAUUUCCGUGAUAAUGGAUUGGGGUGUGUGUGUGUGUGUGUAUGUAAAUGUAUACACUCUUUCUGCUGAUUGUAGAUGAGAGUAGCUGCAUAUCAUUUAAUAUGAUAGGAGAUAGGGUCAUGGGGGUAUUACUUGCACAUAAACACUAGAGUGACACUUUUAUUUGAACACAUUUCUUUUACAUUAAGUUGAUUUUUGAAAAUAUAUAACUAUCUUGUCAUAAAUGAACAAAAUUACAAAAAUACAAUAAAUGAUUAUUUAAAAAAUGUUUGCUGAUUGGUUGAAUGAGAAUUGAUAUUAAGCAUGAUAUAUUUGUAAUAAUAGGGCCUCAGAUGAAUUUUGACAUUAUGAAUAUUAGAUUAAAAAUCAUAGCACUUGUAAUAGUUUUAUCACAUAUAGGGUUACAGAUAGAUAUAGAAUAUGAGGCAUAUUCACAGAAUUAUCUAGCUCUAAGGAUACACAAAAUAUCUAUAUAUAAUAAUCAUUAUAGGUAGUUCAGAUUUUUAAAGCAUUCAUUAAAUUAAUCAAAAUUUCUUGUAUUCAAUUGCUUUUUUUGUUAUUGGCAUUAGUCUCAUCUAUCUUAUCACUGACUAAGACUUAUCUGAUGGUAAAAGUAUAAAAGUUUUGAAUUCCUUUCUGAAGAUUUGUAAAAAUUCUCAUGACUCAAAACUCCAUUCAAAAAUUUGGCAAAACCACAUUCUACUUCUAAACAUUCUAGUUGAAGGAAUCAAUCUUUAAUCUCACUGAAAAUGAUGCUUCAGUUCUGUCAUUUUUAAGGUUCUAAGGUCAUUUAUAUGUCCCCCUCUCAGAUGAUCAGGUAGUUAUCAUUGUCAUCAUUAGUUCAAAAAAAUUGCCUAUUAUUUUAUUUACUUAUUAGAAAUCACUUAGAUCUGAUCAGUACUUUAUGGUAUGCAAAGAACUUUUCACACAAUAAUGCUGUAAGGUAGGUGGUGAAGUAUUAAGCCAGUGAAAUCAUAUCCUUUCCCCAGAGGGAAGAAGGGGACCAUUAUGAGAGAAACAGCUAAAGCGACUGAUUAGUCCAUAAAAGCAGCCCUUAACACCAAAAACAUUCUAUUAACUUUUUUAUCUUUAUCAAACAUAUUCAGGAUUGAUAUAUUUAAAAGUGGCUAGGAUCUGCUUACUUUAUACUUUUUUACAUUCACUCUACUCUUUUCUACAUUUGGAUUUCAUCUACCAGAGUCAAAGUUAUAAGGCCUAGAAUUUUCUUCUGGCAUCAUUUCUUUCUCUCUAUUUUGAACCAGCCUGUAAACACUAUAGAUUUUUCACAUCAUGACACUUUCACUUUCUACUUAUUUUUAAAUUCUUUUUAUAAAGUUUUUGUUUUAUGGAUGGAACAGAUAGGAAACAAGGAGGGUUAAUGGCUCAUUUUAUCAGAUAUCACCAUAAUCCCCACCACAAAUUAAGGAUUUUAACUUCUCUUAUCUACCUUAUUAUAAAAACCCACAGAUAUUAGCUUUCCUGGACCACUCACUAUCAACUUGCAUCACUUUGGAGAAGGACUAAUUACUAUUGAAUACUGAAAUACUGCUUCAUCUCUUAGAAUCAGUUGGGUAUAAAGCUGCCUCUAUACUUUGAAAUCUAAUUUCAGGUAGUAAGAGGAAAUAUAUUUUUGAUUCCUUUACAGAUGAAGAAACUGAGGUUCUUAGUAGUUAUAAUAUUUGUACCUUGGUUAUCUGAUUAUUUAAGUUCUACUUGAGGCAAAAUUUUUAAUCAGGUCACCUGAGUCAAAGUCCAUCUCUAGGUAAAACCCCACAUUGCCUUUAUCAUAAUUGAGCAUGGAUACUCAAUCCUUGAAAGGAUUAUUGCAACCAUUUCCUAUUCAACUUAGCUACUUAUAGUCUUCAAAAAUAUUGAUUUAACUUAUUUCUAAACUUCCUAUUAUCUUGUAACUUACUGGUGCUCACUGAAUGACCCUCUAUUCUGGUAAUUGUGAUUUCAUGCUAUUCCUUAUACAAUUUUCCAGGACUUUUGGAAUAAGACUCUAAUUUUGUCCCUGCUUUCAUUUUUUCUCUAAUUCAAUCCAUUCUUUACAUGGCUGCUAAAAUGAUUAUUUUAAAGUACAGCCCUGACUACAUAACUUCUCCAUGUAUUUCAGUGGCUCUCCUGUUGCCUUUAGAAGAAAAUAUAAACUCUUCCAUUUAUCGUUAAAGUUUGCUCAUAAUUUGGCUCUCACCUAUUCUUACCAAACAGUUCACAUUAUGCUUGCUAACAUGCAAUGCAUUCUGGCCCACCUGGAAUGGUCUGUGUUUAUGGUAUACAAUCGACAUCUCAUCUCUUGACUCAAUGAUAUUGCAAAAGAUUGGACCCCAUCCCUGAAAUAUUCUCUUUCCUCAUCUCACCAUUUCAUUUCAUCUUUAUUGGUCUUCUGUUUCUGUCAGGCACUGAACCAUACACACAUAUGCAUACACCAAAAUAAAGCAAAACUAUUUAUAUUGUUUGAGUACACCAAUUUCAUUUUCCAAAGGUGGUGUGGUAUAUUCAAUGAUACAUUCUAAAGUAUCACAUUUGUAUCGAUGUGAGUUAAUUAUAUUAUUAAAUUUGUACGUGUCUAACAUGUAACCAAAAUUGGGAAUGAAUAAAUCUUUUGGACUGGUCUCUUUUCUUUAAGGAUUCUUGUUAAUUAAUACCAAAGUAGAACUGUCACACUGGUGGAUUCUUUUCAUUUUAGAUGUAUUUGCAAAACCUUAAACUUAUUUCUUAAGUCAUAAGAUCAUAGAUUUAGAGUUAUAAGGGAUCUCAGAAGUCAUCCACUCUAAUUCUCAUUUUAUAGAGGAGGAAACUCAAUGGGAAUCACUUGGCCAAGGUCAAACACAUGGCAAUUGUAGAGCUCAAAUUUGAACAUAUGUCCUACUUCAAAUUUAGUGUUGGUACAAUUCCAGUAUACUGUUUUUCUUUCAAAAUUAUAAGGUACAAAUUUUAGAAUGAAACAAUAGAAGAUUGUUAAAACUGAGAUUGACAAAUUCUAACUUAAAAAGAACUUUUGACUUGGAGGGGGUAAUAAAGCUCUUUAAAAAUAGAGGGUAUACUCAUGAUAUAAGAGUUCUGUUUUUCCCUUAGCUAUUGAACAAUCUGUCUUAUGUAUCUAAUAUUUUUUCCCAUUUCUUGAAAAUUGAUUUUUUAUUUAUCUGAUUUAUUAGUAGUAUUGUGCAUUGUUAAUGUAAUAUGAUGAUACUUCUUAAAUUUGAAUAAAAUGAUGCAUUUGAAUUUA